AUGGCACACGCAAACGGGAAACCUGCCUUGACAGGAGCAGCACGUCUCCGCCAGUUGAUGGCAGGAGGAAAGAUCGUCGUUUGUCCGGGAGUGUACGACGGAUUCAGUGCGCGAAUCGUGAUUGAAGCGGGCGCAGAUGCAAUGUACAUGACUGGCGCAGGCGUGUCCAUGUCGCGACUGGGCAUGGCCGACUUGGGCCUGACCACCCUGAACGAUAUGACGGCCAACGCAGCCAUGAUCGCCGGCCUCGAUUCAACAGUCCCUCUCAUCGCCGACGCAGACACCGGGUACGGUGGGCCACUGUCGGUGCGGCGGACCGUCCAGGAAUAUAUCAAAGCCGGUGUCGCCGGCCUACAUCUGGAGGACCAGGUUCAAGCAAAACGAUGCGGCCACCUCGGCUCCAAAGAGCUCGUCGACGAGGACGUCUACGUUUCACGGAUCAGGGCCGCUGUCCUGGCCCGGGACGAGAUCCCCAACGGAGACAUUGUGAUUAUCGCCCGCACCGAUGCAUUACAGGGGCUCGGGUACGAUGCCGCCGUCGGUCGCUUGAAAAAGGCCCUUGCCGCAGGAGCAGAUGUCGCGUUUCUGGAGGCCCCGACCAAGAUUGAGCAAAUGCGUGCCGUGUGUCAAGACCUCGCACCGGCACCGGUCUUGCUGAACAUGGUCACCGGCAGCAUCACACCCAAUAUCAGCGUCGACGAGGCCCAAGAGGUGGGCUACCGAAUAAUCAUCUAUCCUGCUCUUGCACUAGGUCCUGCUUAUGAGGCAAUCAGCGCCGUGGCUAACGAAUUGAUGCACACCGGCACGGUGAAGCCAGCCAAGGUCAUGGUCGGCGGGCCGAAGAGGCUGUUCGAGGUUUGCGGUCUGAACGAAUUGAUAGGCUUUGAUCUGGCUGCUGGAGGUUCGAGUUAUCAAAAUGGCGUCUGA